CGAAGGAAUUUUUAGUGUUUACCCCUAAAAAGGGGAAAAACCGAAUUGAAAUUGCUUGGGAAUAGGGAAGAACCGCCGGAAUUUAUAGGAGAGAGGAGGACCGACCGGUGGGGAGGCCGGCAACUGAUGGGCAGGCCGGCGGCCGUCGGUCAGGCCGCCACCGCCGCGGUUGAUUUCCAGAAGAGACUCGCCACUUCUAGCCGCUGUCGAUAGGCGGGAGACGGUCGCCUGCCAGCCCGCCGGCACUCCUCUAGCUCGCCAGAAUUGCUACUUGCCGCUGCCACCAACCUGACCGGCGGCCAGGUAGGCUGCCGCCUGCCAGACCGCCUACUGUGUUGCUCCGUCAGGGCGUCCCCGCAACCUGCGUUCUCAGUGUAUAUGCUGCAGCUCGUUUCAGGAAAGCAUGCUUCGUUGCUCCUUCUCCACAACAUUGAAGCUAACAACCCAAAUGCACAAUGCAUGCUGUUCCUACCGGCCAUUUGCUCUCAGCUCCUUUUUUUUGAUUAAGAAUUCUUAAAAUCUCUUAUUUUAUCUGUAGAGGUUUUUGAAUCUGCCCCAACAAUAUCAGAAACCCAGAAAUUUUCUCUCCAGAUCUAAAAUCUCAUUUGAAAUACUCCAAAAAUAUCACAAGUUAAGAGGGCGAAAGGACUAAGAUUAUAUUUCAAAGAAAGUACUGAACUUUCUUCAGAAAAAGGGAGUAGAUUGUUUUAAGUGUUUGGCAGCCCCACUGCUUUUAGUUGAAGAAUGACCAUGAAAGUGACCCAGAGACAUAAAGAUUCGGAAAAUUCAUUGUGGGAAGAGAUGCGAAAUUCUGCAGGCACUCAUCUCCGAGUUUCCAGUUGGCAAAGUCGACCCUUGACCAGAUUCAUUGUCUGGUUCCUCCUCUUUAUCUCCGUCACCUACGUGGUCUACUCCUUAAAGCUUCUUUCCCCCUCUGGGAUCUGCAAGGAUGACGACGUUUUCAUCAUUGGACGCAGCAGAGGCCUUCCGACCGAAUCUGAAAUUAACUCUACUACUACCGCGGCGGCGGCAUUAGCAUUGGGAGAAACCGGCCGGAUUCGAGAAGAAGUGGAGAAAACUGGUGUAGAGCAUGUGGUCUUCGGCAUUGCGGCGUCGGCAAAGCUUUGGGAGUCGAGGAAAAACUACAUAAAGUUGUGGUGGAAGCCGGACGGGAAAAUGAGAGGAGUGGUCUGGCUGGACAAGGCAGUGAAUAUGUCGGCAAGAGAAAACGGGUCCCUCCCGGAAUUGAGAAUUUCCGGCAAUACAUCCCAUUUCCCUUACAGCAACCCGCAGGGCCACCGGUCUGCCAUCCGAAUUUCAAGAAUUGUUUCUGAGACGUUCCGGCUCGGGAUGGAGAACGUGCGGUGGUUCGUGAUGGGUGAUGACGAUACCAUUUUUGUUACAGAAAAUUUGGUGAGAGUUCUCAACAAAUAUGAUCACAACCAUUUCUACUACAUCGGGAGUUUGAGUGAGAGCCAUUUGCAGAAUAUUUACUUUUCAUACAGCAUGGCUUUCGGCGGCGGCGGUUUUGCUAUAAGUUACCCUUUAGCUGAGGCUCUUGAGAAAAUGCAAGAUAGAUGCAUUCAGAGAUACCCUGGCCUUUAUGGCUCUGAUGAUCGAAUGCAGGCUUGUAUGGCAGAGCUCGGCAUUCCCCUCACCCGUGAACUUGGUUUCCACCAGUUUGAUGUAUAUGGGGACUUGUUUGGGCUCCUAUCAGCACAUCCUGUGGCACCAUUGGUUUCUAUGCACCAUCUUGAUGUGGUGGAACCAAUAUUUCCAAACGUCACUCGAGUCGAAGCUCUCAAAAGGCUAAUGCUUCCAAUGAAACUGGAUUCGGCAGGUUUGAUCCAACAAUCCAUUUGCUACGACAAGGCGAAGAGCUGGACAGUUUCGGUCUCCUGGGGCUUUGCUGUCCAAAUCUUCCGCGGAGUGCUAUCCCCUAGGGAAGUAGAAAUGCCAUCCAGAACUUUCUUAAACUGGUACAGGAGGGCAGAUUACACAGCCUAUUCUUUCAACACAAGGCCUGUCAUGAGGAACCAUUGCCAGAAGUCUUUCGUUUUCUACUUGUCAAGUGCAGAAGUGGACUCUUUUUCUAAUGAAACAGUGAGCAAGUACAUUCGCCACCCACUCCCCCGUCCUCUGUGCAAGUGGAAGAUGGCCAAUCCUGAUGAUAUUGAGAUGGUUGAGGUUUAUAUGAAGCCCGACUCACAUUUAUGGGACAGGUCUCCAAGGAGGAAUUGCUGCAGGGUGUUGCACUCAGGUCAGAAAAGUAUGGUGGUGAAUGUUGGGGUAUGUAGGUAUGGUGAGGUCAGUGAGAUAUAAUUUUACUUCUCUCGUCUCUUCCGAGUCUCUAUAUCUUCGUUUGUCAAGCCCGACUCUCCACGGAAUUGAAUUUUCUUGGGUAUUUGACAACCUAACCGCAUGCCAUCAGAGGGGUGGGUGAGAGAGUACGUCUUUUGGUAGAUACGCUUUUUGUGUAUAAUUUAUUGCGUAUACGGUGUUGAUUUAAUAUGGUUCCUUGUGCUAUAUUAUAGUGUGGCACAUUCUCCUCCCUCCCCCUAAUUUUCUUCAUGAUUUGAUUCACCGUUUUUUAUUAAAUAAAAUAUGUAUUAUUGA